AUGGAAAACGGCGUCACUUAUGACAUGCGAGCACUUCCUCCGGGAACCGUUCAUCUACUCCACACCAAUCGCCACGGGGCUGGAAGCGACGAAGUCAUUCUUGUGCCACAGCCAUCUAAACACCCAGAUGACCCACUGAAUUGGUCCAAACGUCGGAAGACGAUUCAUAUUCUUCUCAUUUACUUAUACACUUUUACGUGUGGUUACGGUGGCACUGCCACAUACUCCGUUUUGACCGACAUCUCUCGAGACACCAACAUCACCUUGACCCAGCUCAACCUCGGCACCGGCUUGAUCUUUCUGCUGGCCGGGUGGGGGAAUUGCUUUUGGCAGCCUCUGGCACUCACUUUCGGCCGCAGACCAGUCUUUCUCGUCAGCCUUCUCGGCUGUCUGAUCAUAUCAGAAUGGACCGCAUGGGCCGACUCCUUUCCUGCGUGGACUGCGGGCCGCAUCCUGUACGGGUUCUUUGUUGGGCCUUGUGAGGUACUACCCGAGAUCAGCAUUCCCGACACGUAUUUUGCGCACGAGCGCGGAGCGUAUGUCGGCAUCUACUCGAUGGUGCUGCAAGGAAGCAACUUUUUCGCCCCCUUUCACGUUUGCGCUAUCUUUUUCGCGUUGAAUCUCAUAUUGGCCUUCUUCCUCCAGGAAGAGUCGAUGUUUGAAAGACAGAGUGCUGAAGUUGACGUUGGUCCACCACGGAAUGAAACCAUAGCUAGGACACCAUCCAUUAUCCAGGCCACCGUUGAUAUUCAUGGACCUACGGACAAUGAAAAGGGAACGCUUUCUGGAAUCACCAAUACCAGAGACGAGUCUUCGGGGGAGUCUUACACGGUCAAAUCCUAUCGUCAAAAGUUGGCACUGUAUACCCGCAGCGGUCUCACUCUGAAGCAAUGCUUGCGAAUCGCAUAUCGACCAAUAUUCAUCUUCUUCCAGUUCCCCUGCAUCACAUGGGCUGGCUUACAAUAUGGUUUCACAAACGCCUGGUACUCCGUUUACAAUGCCACUGCAUCGUCGAUACUUUCAUCACAGCCUUACUCCUACCGUGCCUCAAUGGUAGGCGUCACCUACCUUGCUCCCCUUCUCGGUGCUUUGAUCGGCGGGUACGUGUCGGGCCCGGUAUCGGAUUCCUUCAGCAUGAGGAUGGCCCGCCGUAACAAUGGGUUCCGCGAACCAGAGCACCGUCUGUGGGGAAUGGCAUUGACUGCAAUUGUUUUGCCUCUUGGGCUACUGCUUUGGGGAGUUGGAGCUGCAUUUUCGCUGCCUAUCGGUGUCCUCAUGUUGGGAUCCGUAUUCUGCGGCUUUGGCAUUGUGACCGGAGGGACGUAUUCCAUCACGUAUUCAGUCGAUUCCUUCAAGGAGAUUGCUGGCGAAUCAAUCGUCUCGCUCAUUCUGUGCCGAAAUACGCUCACAUUCGGAUUCAGCUAUGCCAUCACGCCUUGGAUCGAUGGCGCAGGGUUGCAGAAUACAUUCAUCGUGGUUUCGAUCAUCUCUUUCUUAACAGGCAUGUCUUUCCUGAUGAUGGUAUGGAAGGGGAAACAGUCGCGCAUGUUGUCGGAAGCCAGGUAUUGGAGAUAUGCGGCAAUGCAAAUUGCGAAGCAUUGA